AUGGUGUGGGGACGGCCAGGGCGCGCUCGCAUCAUCAGCACGCCCGGCGUCACCCGUUCCCGUGGCAACUGCAAGGUCACAGGGAGCUCUGUGCGGGGGCAGCCUGGGUACGCUCGCGUCAUCAGCGCGCCCGGCUUUGCUCGUUCCCGGGGCAACCACGAUGUGUAUGAGCACCGAGCUGCUCACUCGGCGCUCAGCUGUAUUAGUAUUCUGGAGUCAUGUGACGCUGGCCACGUACCUCUGGACCAGCAAGAAGCUCUACAGAAAAAUCUGUCACCUAUAAAACAGAGAUUGCCAAACACAGAGAUGAAGAGUGGGCUGGCAGAAACACUGCUGAAAUACAUCAACCCAUUGUUCCUGUUGUCUACAUUUUCCAUUACUAAUGAUACCAUUAGGAAUCCAGUGUGUUACUUGGAAGAAAUGUAUAUCCCUAAUUCCUUUGUGAUGGAAGGAGAUGCGAUUAUUGGAGGGGUGCUGAAGGUCUCCAAUUCAGCAACAAUGUCUGGGCUUGGUUUUAACAGUGCACCAUCAGAAAGCACCUGUGAGUUCCCAAUGCUCUAUUACCUCAGACACCUCCUGGCCUUCAUUUUUGCCAUACAGGAAAUAAACAGUCGAGGGGACAUCUUACCAAACAUUACCCUGGGCUACAUUCUCUAUGACUCAUGUGAGGCAGAAAGGAGAGCUCUGCAGAAUACACUCUGUGUUAUCUCAGGGAGAGAAAUCAUGACUCCAAAUUACAACUGCUACCAGAAGGGUCAAUUGGUCGGUAUAGUUGGACAUCAACAAUCAUCUUUAUCAGUUUCAAUGGCGAGUGUGAUUGGAAUCUAUAAGUAUCCCCAGCUCAAUUAUUAUCUGAAGAGGAUUCACGUGUUGACCCCCGGGAAAGAGGAGAUCUAUUUCAAUAGAGAUGGACACUUUCUUCCAAAGUUUGAUGUUUUAAACUUUAUUAUAUUUGAGAAUAAAUCAACGCAGACAAACACAGUUGGAUAUUACCGAGAAACGAAUGGGUUCCAAUUACAAAUAAAUAACAGCGCCAUACGAUGGAAUCCUAAAUUUUUCCAGACUCCCGAGUCUACAUGCAGUAAAAGUUGCCUGCUCGGAUAUCAACGAAUUCCCAUGAAAGGACCACACAAAUGCUGCUACAGCUGUGACACGUGUCCGGAGGGUCAGAUCUCUAAUGCCACGGAUAUGGAGAAAUGUAUGACCUGUCCAAAAGACAAAUUUUCAAACCAGGAAAGGACUGCAUGCAUCCCACGAGCAACUGAGUUCCUAUCACAUGGAGACGCACUGGGGAUAUCUCUCAUUGUCAUCUCUCUGUUAUUCUGUUUCUUGACAGCUGUGAUAUUAGGAAUAUUUGUCAAAUACAAAGACACAGCAAUCGUGAAAGCCAAUAACCGGAACCUCAGCUUUAUUCUUCUCCUCUCCCUUAUGUUAUCCUUUCUCUGCCCUCUGUUAUUUAUUGGACGCCCAUCAAAGUUGUCCUGUCUCCUACGACAAGUGGCUUUUGGGAACAUUUUUACAGUUGCUGUUUCUUCAGUUUUGGCCAAAACAGUCACUGUGGUCUUAGCCUUUCGAGACACCAAACCCGACAGGACCAUAAGAAAAUGGCUCCGGAAGAACCUUGCAACAAGUCUGUUGUUAGUUUCUUCUUUUGGUGAGUUUGUUAUCUGUGUUUUGUGGCUGAUAAUUUCACCACCAUUUCCAGAGCAUAAUACCCAGGUUGCCUUUGAUAAGAUAAUAUUACAGUGCAACGAAGGAUCUUCCAUUGCUUUCUACAUAGUUUUUGUCUACAUUGGAUUCCUCGCUAUGUUGAGUUUUAUUGUGGCAUUCUUGGCCAGAAGACUUCCAGACACCUUCAAUGAGGCUCAGUACAUCACCUUCAGCAUGCUGGUGUUCUGCAGUGUGUGGAUCUCCUUCAUCCCGGCCUAUCUCAGCACCAAGGGGAAAUACACGGUGGCUGUGGAAGUUUUUGCCAUCUCAUCUUCCAGUGCUGGACUUCUGAGCUGUAUCUUCAUUCCCAAAUGUUACAUUAUUCUACUGAAACCAGAACUGAACACAUUGACAAUACUGAAAGAUGAAGAAUCAAAGUCUUUAAAAGAUGUGGACCAAAAAUAA